AAAGAGCCGUCACAAAUCUUGCGUUCAAGGUACAACCACUCUUCCAACUUAACAAAGAAGGGACAUAUACAAAAGCUACCUUGGAGACUUCGCUCCAUAAUUUGGUUUGGAAAUUGGUGCUUUUAAAGUUGUUUUCGGCGUUCCGGGCAACUUCGUUCGUCGACAGGUAACGAAAACACAGAGAUGGCAGAACCACAGCGAGUAUGUGAUCUGCUACCUGAAGAUAUUGCUUCUGACGACUGCCUGACUUCAUACACACACAUCUACAGCCCAGAUUUACUCAAAGAUCAGGUUGCAUUUAUCACAGGUGGUGGAUCAGGAAUUGGACUACGUAUUGCGGAAAUCUUCAUGAGGCAUGGCUGUGACACAGUGAUCGCCAGCAGGAACAAAGACAAGCUCAUAGAGGCGGCGAAGAAGCUGUCUGCAGUUUCAGGACGUCGCUGCCUCCCGUUGUGCUUGGACGUCAGGCAGCCUGAGAGCAUUUCAGCGGCUGUGGAUGAGACCCUCAAAGAAAUGGGCCGGAUAGACAUCCUUGUUAACAAUGCUGCCGGAAACUUCCUGUGCCCUGCCAUGGCACUUUCCUUCAACGCCUUCAAGACAGUUAUGGAGAUAGACACCAUGGGAACGUUCAACACCAGCAAAGUUGUGUAUGAGAAGUGGUUCAAGGAUCACGGAGGCAACAUUGUCAACAUCUCUGCAACACUUGGAUACAAGGGGCAGGCGCUCCAGGUGCAUGCUGGAUCUGCCAAGGCUGCAAAUGAUGCCAUGACCAAGCACCUGGCUGUGGAGUGGGGACCCAGUGGGGUAAGAGUGAACGCUGUGGCCCCAGGUCCUAUCUCUGGCACAGAAGGCUUCCGUAGACUGGGUGGCCCUCGAGGGGAGGCUGCUGGUCUGUUCCAGUCCAUUCCUUUGCAGCGAUCAGGCAACAAGACCGAGAUGGCCCACUGCACACUUUUCUUAGCCAGCCGGGCCUCGUCCUACGUGACCGGAGCCAUCUUGGUGGCGGACGGCGGGUCGUGGCUGACCUCAGCUAAUGAUAUCUCCAAGCUGAUGGGUAUAGCCUCCUCUAAAUCCGCUAAACUCUGAACAGGGGCUCUGCUGUCCUCCUCCUGACCCAGGUUAUUGGUCAUCUGAAAAGAGAGACAAAUAAAAAAGAGCAAAACAGUAACAUAUCUGCAGCUCUGUAACACUGCGGCGACACGCACAGUAUUUGCUUCAGGCUACACAACUGGGGACUGAUAUAUUGUAACUAAGUUAUACAACAGGGGGAAAAAUACAUAAGAGUAUUUACAAGAAAUGAAAAUGUAAACAUUUUAUUCAACUAGAAUAUUAACAAAUAACAUCGUACAUAUGAUGGCCAACAUUUGUGUUGCAAAGGUUGAUGCACUUUGCAAAAGUCAUAGGAACUUGAUGCAACAACUCCACAAUUUCUCCUUAAUUACUUUUGUCCAGACUUUAGGGACACCGUGUAGUUUAAAAUCCCUGUUGUAUCGUUAUGCAUUUCAUGUACAGUUGUGUUGAUCACAUUACAUUUUGUGAUGUUCAGCCCGUUAAUAAAACUUUCAUCGUUAUAUUUAAUGGUGUAUUUUUUUUUUUAGUCAUUUUCAGAAUUGUCCUUAAUGAGCCAAACGGUCUGAGUCCUUAAAUGCAGUGAUUCUCAGUGCCACAGCUCAUAAGUGUGUGAGAGCUCAUCAGGUGUGCCACUGGAAAUUAUCCCAUGUCCCUUCCUUAACUGGUCUGAAAAUGAUGUAUUUACUACAAAUAAUGUAUCUUUGUUCAUCUAUCUAUGUCAGUGAUGUAUUGUGACAAGCAUAACUGUUGAAUAUAAUAUUGCUUGAUGGUAUGCUGUGAGAUUUUUCUAAUGUAUAUGUGCCUUGGUUCAAUAAAGGUUGGGAAACACU